GUAUACACCAUGAAGACCAGCUUCGUUGCCCUAGCUCUCCUUGUCAGCCUGGCCUGUGCUCAACGUGGAGAAUUCAAGUACAAGGACUGUGGAUCCGCAGCCAAAAUCCUGUCGGUCGAAGUAGAGCCGUGUGACUCCGACCCUUGCGUAUUCAAGCGUAGCAAGACGACAAAGGUCAUCUUCUCGUUGAUUUCAGACCAAGACAGCGAUACGCUUACGCUGGAAGCCGAGAUGAAGUUUUUGGGCUUCUGGGUGUCAGUUCCCGGCGUUCAGAAAAACCUUUGCAAGCGCGGCAUUAAGUGUCCCAUCGCUAAAGGAGACACCAUCCAAGGUUCCAUGGAAUUGGACCCGCCAUGGUACAUACCUAGUAUGAAAACUGACGUGGAGAUCAAGAUUCGGGGUGAAAAAGGAAUGAGCGUAUGCAUCAGAAGCACCGUCGUCAUCGGAUGAAAACGACCAACGCACAUAAUUCGCUCCCCAGUAUCACUACUAGUAGGUAUUGUCGUCUCAAAUUAUCGUGUUCGAGCCAUCGUCUUGACGCAUGCUGCGUUCGCCUCACAAAGAAGCGCUUUCAAUAUUAUGCUUAAA